AUGUCCCAAUCCACCUCCAGCCAGACUACCCAGACUCCCGAUGCCGCCGCCCAAGUCGCCGGACAGUCCUCCUCCCAUUCCUCCAGCACCGCCGAACUCGCCAAUCUUAAAGUAAAAUUGCGUUCUGCUCUGCGCCAGUUCCCCGACUUCCCCUCCCCCGGUAUCCUCUUCGAAGAUAUCCUGCCCAUCUUCGCCGACCCCUCGCUGCACGAGGCCCUCCUCCGCUCUCUGGAGCUUCACAUCCGCGAGGCCCACGCCGAUCAGAAGCCCGACGUUAUCGUCGGGCUUGACGCCCGUGGUUUCCUCUUCGGCCCUAGCCUGGCCUUGCGACUUGGCGCCAGCUUCGUCCCCGUGCGCAAGCAGGGCAAGCUCCCGGGCCCCUGCCAGACCCAGGCCUACGAGAAGGAAUAUGGCCAGGACUUCUUCCAGAUGCAAGCUGAUUCCAUCAAGCCGGGUCAGAAGGUGAUCGUUGUGGACGAUAUAAUUGCCACCGGCGGCUCCGCUUGGGCGGCGGGUGAGCUGAUCAACAAGAUGGGCGGUGAUCUCAUGGGCUUCAUCUUCAUCCUUGAGCUUGAGUUCUUGAAGGGCCGGGAUAAGCUUCCUGCUCCCGUUUACACCCUGCUUUCCGGCCAGGAGAGCAAGAACUAA